ACCAAACACUGAGUGUUAUUGUAGCGAAUGUAAAUGAAUAAACAAGUUGAAUAAUGAAGGCAAAUAAUCUGCGAUCCGCGAUGAUAAUAAAUAAACGUUAAACUUGUUAUCAAUCCGUUUUUCUCCGAGAUGCAUCGGAGAGAUUACAGUUGCAAACAAACUUAUCUGUGUGAAUAUCCUAAUCCCCUGUGGAAUGAAGGAUUUGACACUGUGGAAAGGCUAGGGCUAUUUAAUGUAACCAUCAUAUCCAUAACUCCAUCAAUAAACUUCAUCUUGUCUUGUAUGGUCAUAUUAGGCUCUCUGUGGGUCUCCACAACUCUAUACACCCCAACUACAUCUUUUUCUUGCUUAAGAUGAACAUAUUUCCUUCUAUUUCGCCCCCACCCUAUUCUCUAGGGAGGUGGUGGAGGCUGUUGUCGUCAUCCUUCAGGGGUCAGGGGUCAGCAGUGGGGAGAUCUCUUGUCAGUCAGCGGAGAGAUGGACAUAUUCGGCAGUAAGUUACAGCAGAAGGCUUUGCAGCAACCUAAGCAGAAGAAAUUCAAGUCGGCUGAAUUUCUGAUGGGGAGUGAAGAGCUGUCUCCGAUGGAGGGUAUUGAAAACCCCGCCUUCGACGGAGGAGAAGGAAGCGCCGAGACCUUCACUUCCUCGCCACGAACGGGGAGUGACAUUCGAGGUGACAGGCUGGGUAGCACCCUUGCAGCUCACCCCAAAAAUGCGGAGCUGCAAGCCUCUGCCGUGGAAGGAGGAAAUGAGCGCACCCAAAAUUACUUUGACCCGUCGCCGGAGACGCGGGCGGACCCAAGGCGCGACGGGACGUCCCGGGUCAACACGCAAGAUGAGCCGGAAUUAACAAUGUUGAGCGUUGAUGAACAUCAGCUGUAUCAGAGAAUGGCAGAACUCCUGGAAGAGGAGGACGGGUUCAUAGACCUGCCGGGUACGCUGUUAGCCCCCAGGGAUGAGGAGGACUCUAGGGUGAAGCCGGGUGGUGCAUGGCAUCAGCCCCACAGGGGAGCUCGAGCCGGGGGCCAGGGGCCCUCGCUGAGACACACUACUGCCCAGAACGAGGCCGGGGCCCUGGCCUGGGUCGGGACCGGGCCUGGGGAUGGAGCUACUGAACUCGGAACAGACAGGACACUCCUGCCCAGAGAGAGUGCCGUCAAAUCGGGGCCUGCUCCGGCGCUGAUCCCCUGCUACGCCCAGCAGCUGCGGGAGCGCGUGCUGCCUGACAUGAUCACGCUUGGCAGCCUUUCACUGCAGCAGAAGCCGCCGGCAGAAGGCCUGCUGAAGAAGCGUAAGCGUGCGAACAGAAAGGAGAAGAUAACGGCUUUCUUCGGAAGGGGAGUAAAGGAACCAUACACGCAGAGAGACGCCACACGAAAGGCUCAAGGACAAAGUAACGACGCAGCAGCUUUCCAGUGCAGGACCAUUGAAAACCAAUCACAGAGAGUGCUCGGGGAAGGCCAAGAGGAAGUGAUGGUCAAAUACAAACAGAUGACAGAAAUCCCAGAAUCCUCCUGUCCUCCUCCCCUAUGGCAGGAGGAACCGCACCAGCCCAUCGACGUGCGGGUUCGAUGCCUGAGGGCCGUCCGGGACAAACUGCCCAGGGGCCUCUACACGGUCAGCGUAAGCCUCCACGCUCGUCUUGGGGGCCUGGCCCUCACCCAGUCAGGGGCCGACUCGGACCGCGCGGCCGAAAACACCACAGAGCCGGCAGAGCACGGGGGCCGCUACUACGACACGGCGCUGCACUUCAACCAGAGCACGCGCAUGGAUUUGCCGGUCAACGCGGUGCCGUCCGCGGUGCUGCUGUUCCGGCUGGUGGCCCUGCCGUCGGGGGCCCUCAGCCAGGGGAGCUCCGUGGUGGCGUGGGGGGCCUUCCCCGUGUGUGGGGCCAGUCUCAGCCCGCUGCAGGGCAGGUUCAAAACACCGCUUCUGAGGGGUCAGCCCCGCCCACAGCUGGACCAGUUCAGGAAGAUCGAGGCCUUAAUGUGUUCGGAUCUAGAUCACUGGCUCUGUAACCUGUAUUUCCAGGUGACGAGGCUGCCCUGCUCCACCUCUCCCUCCGCAGUCAGGCCCACCCCUGCCCCUCCUCCUCCACCACCUCCCCCCAUCCCCACCCCCCCAGCCCUGCACAACCGUCUCCCAGCCCCGCGACCCCACCCGCCCUGCCCGACCCAAGCACCCCUCCGCCCCCGACGGUCCCGACGCCCGGCCGGCCCGCAGCCCCACCCUCCCCCGCCCCAGCACCCCCUGCACCCCAGGGUGUCGUCUCCGCCCGCGUGUCCCGGCGGCAAGCCGUGGGAGGCCGCCUCCUCCGCCCUGGAGCAGCAGCAGCAGCAGCAGGAGCAGCAGGAGCAGCCCUGCCCCCGGGGGUCCCCUCUCCACCUGUCAGCGGACUCGGCCUGCUCCUCCUCGUCCCUGCCAGGUAGGGAGGGGUCCAGCACCGGUAGCACCCCCACCCCCACCACCACCAACCGCGCGCACCCCCACAAACAGCAUCCACCCCACCCCUGA